UGACCGUCAACGAGUCGAGAAAAUUCGCGCUCCGCGAGGAGGAUAUCUCUCGUUCGAUUCUCACUGAAAGUUUGCUCAGGAUGGCACAAAACGUGAACCCUUUCAGUUCGACACAAAACACGCCAACAAAGGCGGCUGAGGAGAAGCAGAGCUUGCCGAAAGAUAAUCAUGCAGUCAGCAAACGAUUGCAAAAGGAACUCAUGGUACUAAUGAUGAGCACUGAGCAAGGAGUAUCUGCCUUCCCAGAGGGAGAAAACUUAUUUAAAUGGAUUGGGACUAUCACAGGACCAAGAGACACAGUAUAUGCUGGUCUCACCUACAAAUUGACUUUAGAGUUUCCACAUAGUUAUCCAUAUAGCGCUCCUAUAGUACGCUUUGCUACACCUUGCUUUCACCCAAAUGUAGAUACCGGUGGUAAUAUCUGUUUGGAUAUAUUAAAAGAUAAGUGGAGUGCAUUGUACGAUGUGCGUACUAUUUUACUUUCUAUACAAUCCCUUCUUGGUGAACCUAAUAAUGAAAGCCCACUUAAUCUCGAAGCAGCAGAGCUAUGGAAUAAUCAGACGAAAUAUAAAAAGUAUCUGAUGGAAGAAUAUCACAGAGCAUUUGAUCGAGCACAGAGCAAUCGUAAUCAACAAGAUUCAUGAUAAGCCAUAAUUUACUGUAAUCUACAUUUUGUGACGCAUUUAAUAUUAUUAUUCCUAUCAAAGAUAGGGUUAAAUGUAAUAUUAAAAUAGAAUUUUCUGUACUUCUUUUAAGAAUCAUUAAGUACUGUUAAGUUAAAAUUUUCUUCUUUUGGCUAUAAC